AUGAUUCGUUUUCCUCACAGGUUCGAAGCAAUGCUUCAAGGUAGCACAGAAGCGUGGAGAAAGGAAGUGGAAGAUUAUGAGGCCCGAAUGUUUGAGUACUUUACUCAGUCUUCCGCUCGAUUGCGAGGUUGGUAUGAAAAGGGUGGCGAGGAAUCGGAAGCCUACCGAGCGGAGUACCAACGCUUAUCUGAUGAAUAUCAGAAGUAUAUGAAUUAUAUUCAACAACUCCACGAGUUCAUCCAGAAUUCGAAGAAUGCACCAAAGGAUAUUGCCCCAGCGUCCGUUGAAGUUCCUCAAUCCACAGAGAACACUGUCAAACCCUUGGUUGCGUCAGUAUCGCUUCCUUCGUCAGUACCAUCUACCAUUACCCCUACUACUUAUCAACCGACUACCGCUGCUGCCUUUUACACCCAAUACUAUCAAGAGAUGAUUGCUUACUUCGAUAAAUUGUUGAAUACCAUUGAAAUGACUCAGCAAAAUGGAACCUCGAGCUCUAACGAAGAUGGCGAUGAAGAAAUUGAUGGCAAAGUCAUUGACGAAUCUCAGCCGGACGAGGAGGGUUCUGAACCUGAGAAUGAUGCGACUGUUAGUGGUGAUAUGUGUUGCAAUCCGAGAGCAGUGAUGGAGCAGUAUUUUGAACGCUAUGGUGAACCGGGAAAGUGGGACUGGGCCUCGUGGAACAACUAUUUGAGUUGGAUCGCGCGAACAAAUCCGCAGUGGUACGGGAUAUUCUUAGAAUACAGCCAAACACUUGGUAUUGACUGGGAUGAAAUGUACAAGUGUUGGAGACUGUCAGAUGCUGCUGGUCAAGGUGAUGCAAAUGUUUCAGGUAUGGCGCAUUCAACCCAUGGCGCUUUUCCGACAGAGCUGUCUCAUGUUCGACUAUUUCCAAAUGUUCCUAGUCAGAGCGAUGAUGAGGAUGAUACUGGGAAUGAGUGGUUUUGUCGUACAUGUAACAUGCAACUUGAAACACAACGUGCAUUCACGUUACAUCUCCGAGGGGUCAGCCAUAUUCAAAAGGCUCUGGAUGAAGUGCAACGUCAACAACAGUAUCAACAUCCUCAGCAGUUCACUCGAUGGGUUAACUACCGACCAGUUCCACAACCAACUUAUGAUGAGGAGUUGCGACACCAAGCAUGGUUACAGUCCCAGUAUUGGCAGCGUAACAAUGCGGAAUUUGUUGUGCCGGGCACUCUUUAUUGCGACUUGUGCAAAGUCAACAGUGCUACGUAUGCCACCCUCCAAGCACAUCUGAAUGGUCGUCGACAUCGAGAAAAUGUUGACAUCUAUUAUCGUACUGGAGAAUCAUCAAUGCUCAAAGGAAAGCGCGGUGCUCACGCAAAACCCACCGCUCGGCUACAAACUCUUCUAGACACAUGCACACAACCGCUCGUCGGUUUGGGUUAUGUUGUCGAACGCCAGUUUGGUGAUGAAGAGGAAUGUGUCUACCUCUGUGAAUUAUGCGACGAGCGAAUCACUCGUCAGACCGCCAUCAAACACGUUUGCAGCGUGUUUCACCGGAAGCUGCAUUAUCCCGGCAUGUGUGCCAUUGUGGUGAAUGAUCUGAGCAGUCGGGAGAUCCGCCUUAAACGGAUCGACUUGUUCGCUAGGAAAAUUGAAGAUUUUGAAGGUCGUAAGCGCGUCAAAGUCAAACAACUUUCUGCAUUCGACGCCUUAAGACGCAUUUGGCGUCCUUUGGCUUUCGAAGAAGCGGAAAAACCAAAANAGGAAACCUAUUGCUCGUCGAAAGCACGAAAGGCUUCCUCGAAGAAACCCAAAACCACCCCAGUUCCUCCCAAGGAACAGGGUGUUGUGUCUUCCUCUACGGUCCAAAGUGAUGCUGACUCGAAUGAUAAAGUUUCCGGUAAAGAGCGAAGUAAUGCAAAUAAACAGGAUGACAGUGAUGGAGAGCUCGAAGAAGGCGAAAUCACUGAAGAUUCCUCCGACGAAAACGCGUCGUUUGAUGCGACUUCACAUGUUGCUGCACAGACUGCAAUGCACAGCGGUAACUCAUCCGUUCUACCUAAUGGUGAUGCGAACGAAUUGGAUGAUUCCGGUGAAUUCGAACAGGCUGGUGACAAUCAGGACUCAGUGAACGGAACUUCCGAAGAGAACAGUUUUCUUCCCCAAUCGGUUCUCGCGUUUGAACCCGAUGCGGAUUGCCUUGCUUAUAUUGAAACCCUACGCUCGGGAGGUUUUCUUCAACUCGGAACUGUAAAACAAUCAGAUCUGUCUGUCGAAAAGGAUGCCUCAGUGCUUGAUACAAAUGCAGAGUCUGUCCCAGAGGAACCUCCUACGGCGACUUCAGAGAAACCCUCAGAGGAAGCACCGUCUAUUGAGGAACAGUUUGCGCGUGAAGCCGAUUGGGUCUUGGAACGGACACGUAUGCAACGGGAACAAGAAGAAGAGUACAGGCGCCAGCAGAAUGCUGCACCCGCAGUCGCACAAGCGGGUGCCACGGAAUCCAGUGCGUACGGUUUCGAUGAUGGUCAUUUCGCUGACCAGGAAGACAAUGAAGCGUGGUUUGACGGCAACAACUAUCCAGAUGAAGCGUACACGGACGAAGUGUAUGUAGACGAAGCGUACACAGAUAAUAUGUACGCGGAAGAAGCGAAUACAGAGGAAUCAUUUGCAAAUGACAACCGGAUCCCAAGCCCUACUAGCCAACUCCUAUUACCUCCCCUGGGCACUUCUUUCGGACCGAGUCCCAGUGUGGCAGUACCUUCAGCUACUCCGGAAAUACAACCAGACAAGAAGACUUCACUUCCUUCGCCAAUGAAGUCUACUCCACCGUCAACUCCGAUAAAUACUACCGGUGGAUCUAUGGAUCCAGGUCGUCAACGUCUGGCGGUUUCUAUCGGUGCUGUGAAGAUAAUCGUAUCCGCUCUGAACGCACUUCGGGACGCGGGACAAUUGCCGGACUAUUUGAACACAGUCUUCGACAAGACAGAUGAACAGACUAUUACUACUACUACCACUGGUAGUGGUAAUAAUCCCACUGAAAUAAAGGCCAACAAACCCACAACUACGAGUUCUAUGGGUAAUGUUUCUACGACAGAGCGUGAUGUUGUGAAUGAUAAAGAGAACGAGUUGCAUCGACCCGGUACAAGUUCGUUCACAACACAAGCAUCAGGUGAACAUUCUAUCAAAGUUUAA